AUGAGCAAACCGGGCGUUUCCCAAAAACUGAUAACGGGCAGCAAAGGUGGCUUCAAAACUAGCGGGGAGACGAAUAAGACUCAAGAUGGUAAAAAUGGCGGCAAAAAAAAGAAACCCUUUAAGAAGCAUAAAAUGAAGGAGAUAAAACAUGUGGGGCGAUUAUCUCAUUCUUGUCGUACAUCCCUGAACAGCAAGGGGGAGAUGGGGCGUGCAGACCAACCCUGCGCAAAAUCCCAUUUCGCGAAGAAGGAAGAAACAGCGGGGGGGGAACACCCACCAGUGACUAACAAAACGGUGAUUAAAAGAUCCAAGUCAGAUUUUUCCGCUCCUGUCUUGAAGAAAGUAAUGAUAAAUAAAAAGUUAUCCAAAAAGAGGAAUCAUCGAAGGAAGGCCCAAAGGGGAGACAAGGAGUCUCACCCCCAACACAUUCCAAAUGGAGCUUCUUCAUCAGAGAAUGUCACUAACCGAGGGAACUACGCAUGUGAGGCCAGCAGUCCGUUCGCCUAUCGAACGGAUGGCGACCAUCCAAGCGAUAAGCCCUUCUUCCUUGACCAAUACGAAAGCCACUAUGGAGAAAAGAAAAAACAAAAAUACAAGGAGAAAAGAAAAAUCGGACAGGACCCAGAAGAAAUAGUGAAUUCGUCCCUCUUCAGAUACAUUAAUGAGUACAUGUACACAAACAGAAGCGAAAUUGUACAACAGAAGUUGAAUAAAACAAACAAUAUUUUCAAUAUUUACCAUUUGGGGUACAGAAAUCAGAAGAGUAAAUGGCCCCAAAGUCCCGUUCAUGUAAUAAUAAGCCAUUUAAAAAAAAAUUUUACAAAAAAGAGCAAAAUAGCCGAUUUGGGAUGCGGAGAAGCAGAAAUAGCCCAGGCGUUGAACGGCUGGUCAGUCACUUCCUACGAUUUAAUUCAGCUCAAUGAGCACGUCACGGUUUGUAACAUAACCAAGUUGCCGCUCCGAGACAAUUCCCACGAUUGCUUCGUUUUGUGCCUGAGUCUCAUGAACACGGACUGGCCGAAAGUUAUAUUUGAGGCACUUCGUUGUCUUAAAAAGAGCGCAAUCCUAAUAAUAGCCGACGUGGUGAGCAGGUUUACAAACUACAAGGCGUUCAUGAAGUUCAUGAGGAAUGUCGGGUUUACCUUCAUCAACAGAGUAAAUUUGGACGAUUUUUUUUAUGUGCUAUUUUUUGAGAAUAAUAAAAAGGACGGCGCUUCCUACGCGGCGAAUGAGAAGAGAAUUGGGAAGGUUUCCAAGUUGUUGGCUCCCUGCGUUUACAAGAGGAGGUAG